CACCAAGGGAAGAAAGAGCACCUAGGUCUGCUGCUGGGUUUUGGAGCAUCAGAAAUAUUUGCACUUUUUGUGAAGGAUUGCAUUUCGAGAAUCAGGAAUAGCCAAGAUUGUCUACAGGAAAAGAACUGAGAUGUUUUUGGACGUUAAGCACAUCCUCUGGUUGGUCUGUGUCUGCAGCGCUGCUGUAACCAAAGAUGACUCUGCUCGUAGGAUGAAGGUGGAGAGGAGUUCUCCGGUGCAAGGCUCGCUGGCGGAGCAGGUGGUCCUGCCCUGCCAUUUCUCCAUCCUCCCACCUCCUACCGGCAGCACCAGCACCUCCACCACUGCAGCUGCGGCCAUGGCCUCCAGCACCCACCUGGACCAUCUCCGCAUCAAGUGGACUAAACUCGUGGGCGAUGAGGAAAUCGUAGUGAUAGUGACCCAGAAUGGGUUCCUCAAGAUUGGGCCGGAGUUUAAAGGCAGGGUAUCAGUUCCCAGCCACCCCGAGGACGAGGGCGACGCGUCUCUGACCAUAGUAAGGCUCAGGGCCAGUGAUGCGGGUGUUUACCGCUGCGAGGUCAUGCACGGCAUUGAAGACACUCAAGAGUCCGUCUCCCUGAAUGUCAAUGGUGUUGUGUUUCAUUACCGUGCCAACACCAGUCGCUACACUCUAGAUUUCCAGCACGCCAAGCAGGCCUGCACUGAUGUGGACGCGACCAUCGCCACCGCAGAGCAGCUUCAUUCAGCCUACGAGGACGGAUUCGACCAGUGCGAUGCCGGAUGGCUGGCCGACCAAACCGUCAGAUACCCCAUAACAAUGCCACGUGAAGGUUGCCAUGGCGAUAUGAUAAUGAGGCCAGGAGUCAGAUCAUACGGACUCCGAAAUUCCUCCGAAACGUAUGAUGUGUACUGCUAUGCAGGAAAACUACAGGGCAAGGUGUUUUUCGCUGGUGCUGAGAUGACUCUAGAUGAGGCCAGGGAGGAGUGCGAGAGACGGGAUGCAGUUUUAGCGUCUCCAGGUCACCUGCAUGCAGCCUGGAGGACCGGCUUGGACCGCUGUGACUUCGGCUGGCUGUCUGACGGCAGCGCUCGCUACCCCAUCUCUGUACCCAGAAUGCAGUGCGGCAGAGGACAGCUGGGUGUGAGGACUAUGUACCGCUUCCUCAAUCAGACCGGAUUUCCUUUACCGAGCGAGAAGCUGGGAGCUUUCUGUUUCAAAGGAUGGGAUCCCACAACUGUACCCACAGCUGGACCUACAACACCUCCAGUUCUCUCAGACACCCAUCAAAUCUCUUCUCUUAAAGCAAUCUCUUCUAUGCCAGCCCAUGGCACCACAGAAGAUUCACCAUCCAUGUUCUCUGCGAGCAUGGCUCCACGCGACAGAGGCUCUCCUGAAGUGCAUCCCUCUGCUAAAGCCAUUGUUGUUGUACCAACUGAAGCUAAGAUAAUUUCGGAGAUGGAAACCACAACCACAUUUAAUGACUAUGGCAGCUCUUUGGACAAAGACAGCUCCUUGGUGCAAGGGAUACCCCAUGAUGGUAUGCCCCAUUAUUCAGAUUCCUUCUUAUUUUUCCAGCUACCCCGUCAGCCCGACACAGAGAACAUGCAUCCUGGGUUGGAUACUCCGCAUGGGGAAUCCAGUGGUGCGGAAGGUAGCAGCAGGUCUGACACGGAUACUCCUGAGAGUGUGAUUCCUGCUUCACCUGUGUUUGUUAUAGACUCGCAAGGAGAUCCAGACAAGCCACAAAUUGUGUACAAAGAUAAUAAAACCACAGCAAACAUGACUGAAGAAAGUCUGGACUUGUCCACUUUGAAAAGCUCACUUUUAAGUGAAGAGAACUUGCAAGGCCAGCAGAACGAAACCACAAAGGACGUCAACUUUCCAAUGGGCAUCAAUUUGUUCAUAUACAACAUUAACAACAUUACGCAGAGAAAUCAAUCAGGUGAUGCUUUUGAUACUGUGGGAGUUGAUGCUAUUCUGAAAUUCCUUGGAGAACCAGGGCUCUCUAAUCCACUUCUAACAUCUGUUGAAAGUGAGCCACCUUUGGGCAGUGGAGACAUUACAGGUGAAACAUAUCCAUCAGCUUCUGUUACCAUCACCCCAAAAGUGAGUUUCAUUAACGGAAAGCACGAGCUGACUCUGAAACCGGACACUGACCAAACUCAGGAGGCUAGAGGAGACCAGUUUGACACUGCUAUCCCACCAACAGAAGAAACCAUCCCUGAUGAUAUGAUAGAAAUACUUACAGAGGAGGCUGAAGGCACCACAUCUUCCCCUGAGACAGAUGAAUCUGACUCACCGACCAGAAGCCCAAUUGAGCCCCAUUUCACAACAAAGAGCCUGGAAAGUAUAACCAAGACAGAGUUGCCCACAUUUGCAACCAAAUCCUCAAGCCAGGAGAUGACCCCACAAGCCAUAUCAUUUACCAUGCACGAAGAAGGUUCAGGGAUGCACACAACAGAUGAUGAAGAGGAAUUGACCCCCUUGGAAGGUUCUGCGGAUGACACACUUCCAACAACUAAUGACCUAUAUGUGGUGGCUACCGACGAGACUGAAAUAGCUGAAACAGAGAAGACUACACUGGCAUUUGGGGUGGACUGCAGUACCAAAGGACCAAUUGUUACAACUCCAGAAUCCAGCACUGUCGAAAUGAAGAGAACCGAGAACACAGAAACAAAACCAGAAACAGAAGAUUUUGAGGGCUCAACCUCCACUGAAGACGAGGGCUCGGGGCAAGAUAUAUAUGCAACAGAAGAAUCAAAACAACCAACUUUAUCUCCAUCUUUCACUGUUUCAUCUCACAGCUUUACAAGUUCCUUAACAACUACUCAUCCCAAAGAGCCUAGGCAACCUGUUAGUUUGGCUUUGCCCAGUACAGAUCCUACGAUUCAGGUGGUUUCAACUUUUCAAACUGAGGCAAUCCCAGAAGAAAGCACUCCUAACAUUACACACUCUGAGAAAGACCAAAACAGAAGUACAGUUAAGAAUCCUUUAUUGGUGCCCGAGAUUGAAAAAGACGUAAGUGCAAUCUUCACCAUCUCUGAGGACAUCGGCUCUGGUGAUCAGCUAACUGAAGCAUUCUCUAAACAACCUUUCACUGCAACUACUGUUCCAUCCCUUCUCAUUAAACAAACUGAAGAAAUGAGUGUUGAUGCACAUGAUGAAACAACUAAAGUAUUUGAAGGUUCUGCAGAAGACACAACACCACUGAUUUUCACUAAUGUCCAAACUCAAAAAAAAUUCACAACCCAAAGUUCAGAGACCACCAUUCUGCCCACUGAUAGUCUUAGAGCAGUAAUGUCUUCCUCCCAAGAAACUGUUCUAAUCAAAAAAUCACCAUCAGAAGAGACAACCACCUCAGUGCAGUCAUCAGAGACUUCAGAGGAGACAACGCAAGAAAUAUCACUUUCUACAUUUGGAUUCCCAACGGAGAAGCCUCUCACCUCAUUUACCCAAGUUUCCAGUUAUCCCACCACCAGUGUUGUUACCAACUUAAAUGUGAAAGAGCCAGUUCAGGUCUUGGAUAGGGGAACUACUUCUGCUACAGAAGACGUUUUCACCACCCCCAAAGCCACAAGUACUGUGAUAUUUGAAGAGAAUGUUGUAGAUUUUGAAGAUGUGGCGGGUCCCUCAAUUGUUCAAAGACAACCAUCACCCAGAGAAGAGUUCACCACAAGAAAACCAGAAGUCUGGACAGAUUCCAGCUACACUGUUGAGAGCCAUAUGGAGGUUUUGCAAGGUCUCACACUUUGCUCUGUCAGUGUGUGUGAAAAUGGCGGAACUUGCUAUUCUAAUGGAAAAGGAAACAUAUGUGUCUGCAUUCCUGGAUUCAGUGGGGAACAUUGUGAAAAUGAAAUUGACGAAUGCCAGUCAAACCCUUGUCGCAAUGGUGGUACAUGCAUUGACGGGUUAAACGCUUUCAGUUGUGUCUGUCUGCCCAGCUAUUCAGGAGCCCUCUGUGAGCAAGAUACGGAGGUUUGUGACUUUGGCUGGCACAAGUUUCAGAGCCACUGCUAUAAGUACUUCACACACCGGCGGACAUGGGAAGCAGCGGAAAGAGAGUGUCGUCUGCAGGGCGGUCACCUCACCAGCGUCCUGUCCCAUGAAGAGCAGCUCUUUGUUAACCGUUUGGGGCAUGACUAUCAGUGGAUUGGACUGAAUGAUAAAAUGUUUGACAGUGAUUUCCGCUGGACUGAUGGACACCCUAUGCAAUUUGAGAACUGGAGAGUGGGUCAGCCGGACAGCUUCUUCUCCACGGGCGAGGACUGCGUGGUGAUGAUCUGGCAUGAGAACGGUCAGUGGAACGACGUGCCGUGCAAUUACCACCUGACCUUCACCUGCAAGAAGGGCACAGUGUCCUGCGGUCAGCCUCCUGUCAUAAAGGACGCCCAUAUCUAUGGCAGCAUGAAGCCGCGCUAUGAGAUCAACUCUCUGGUCAGGUACCACUGCAAGGACGGCUUCAUCCAAAGACACGUUCCCACUAUCAGAUGCCGAGAAGACGGCCACUGGGACAAGCCCAAAAUCACAUGCUUGAAUCCAUCUACCUACCAGAUGUAUGCACUCAAAUAUCAAAACAACAACUAUUACAACAACAGUAAGAGACACUACAGUGAGUCGACGCAGUACCGUCAUCGCUGGUCAAAAACAGCAGAUGAUUCCACACACUGAUCACCAUCUCCAGAGCUACAGAUGCUUCACAUCUACAGAGAAAGUCUUUUGUCUAAAAGGCCGAAGCAAACCAUGUGCCUGAUGAAUGUUUUAGAGCCGAGAAGUGAAUUAUUACCCUGAGGGACUGCAAAAAACACCAUCACCCACCCACUGAGAGUGUACUUUGACUAUGCAACAGUCUACAUUGCAUAUUGUAAUAAUGUCUUAAUGUUUUGACAUGGGGGUUUCUGGUUGAAAUGUAUAUAGUAGAGAUAAUGAACAAGUAAAAAGAGCUGUGAAAGGUGACUGUUAUUUUUGUAUUUUUUUAUUCAUCCGUAACUUUUGCUUACGAAGAACUGGACUUCCUGUUCUCUCUGGCUUAAUAAGAGAGCACUAUGGUACGAGCAGAAUAUAAACAGAACAGUUACAGUACUCAAGAGUAAAAGAACAAUAGGCAUUAUUUUGUUUCACAUUGUGGUGAGGGGGGUUCAAAAGGGAUGUCACGGGGCUGGAGGACAAACAAUGCUGAAAGGACUGCAACUCAUGACUGGAAAACAAAUCUUCAACAUCGUCUUCCUCUGCAGCAUCCUCACUAGUUGUGAGGAUUACUCAGAUAACCAUUGUAGGUUACACUCUCAUAAUCAUAUUCUCAUAUGGCAUCAAAAUACAU